AUGGAGAAAAUUAAGGCAGGAAUAUUUGAUGGUCCUCAAAUAAGGGAACUCAUCAAGGAUACUAGUUUUGAUGAUGCACUGAAUCCUGCUGAACUCUCUGCCUGGUUGUCCCUUAAGUCAGUCAUUGCAAACUUCCUUGGCAACCACAGAAGUUCCCAGUAUCAGAAGGUGGUUGAUGAAGUUAUGGAGGAACGCUAUCAAGGCCGAUUGGAUGUCAACUUUCUGGCCGACUACUGCUGGUGCCUAAAGAGGGAUGCGCAGUCUGCUCAGCACAAACGGAAGCCCCUGAAGAGACCAUUCAUCCAUGAGACGUGGGGUUUCCCGGACGUGUUCAGGGCGCCGCGGAGGUUUGCUUAUUCCCAGCGGCCUCCGAAAUGUGAUGCGGCGGCGGUGGCGGUGGCGUUACCGCUAAAGAGAGUGAGCAGUGAGCGGCAGGAGGUCAGUCAGUGGUCAGUUGUCAGGUGUCAGUGUUAUGAGCGGGUGGUGAAGAGGUCGCUGUCUCGCUGUGUCACUGUGUCCGUCCGCCGCCACCAACAUGUGCCCCUCAGCCACAAGGGCGUUGUGCCUCAUGGGAAGCUUACUUGCACUCACGCACGCCUCCCGCUGCAGGUGGUGUUGGCUGACACAGGAGCCCCGCUGACGCCCCAGGAGGAAGCUGCCUUCUUCUCCCGCCAUCCUGAAGCAGCGAGUUACCGAGUGCUGCGGUGGGAGGCGGGAGCGGUGAAGGCACGGCGGGACAAGCGGGAGGUUAACACUGACUCCUCUCUCCGCCUUCACCUUCCUCUGCCGCCUGGCCAUCUCGAGCUCGUCCUGGAGAAGAACAGUAUUGUGGCGCCAGAUCUUGAGUCUUGGUCCCACAACUCGUCAGCAGCGGGGAACGAGGAGCAGGUGCUCGCUGACUGCUUCUAUUCCGGCGGGUUCUCUGUCUCCUGGGCCGUGAUAUCCACCUGUGACGGCCUGAGCGGCCUUCUCCUGCACCACGGGAAGACUUACCGGCUGGAAGAACUGCCGCCUCCACCACUACACCACCACCACCACCACCACGGGGAUCCAGACUUGCCUCUCUUAGUUAUCUUUCCCCUCAGCCCUGCCUCCACAGACACGUCAGAUACUACAAACCUCACAAGUGUACGAAGCCAUGCACACACUGAGACGCCCCUCAUACGAGCAGGGGAGCAGCGCACACACACCCGGGGCCACAGAAUGACGAGGGCAGUGAGGCGUAGAGUGACACGGAAGAGCUCAAAGAAGUACACGAUGGAGCUGGCGGUGUACAUAGACGACUCUCUGAUAUCGCACGUCCAGAAACGGUACCCCAAAGCGAACCCAAAGAAUAAAGCCAAGGAGAUUGUAAUGACUCUUCUUAACGUGGUGAGCCGUCUCUUCUCCGAUCCGAGCCUUGGUGUCAUGAGCGUGAAGUUGGCGGUAAUGAAGGUGAAGUUCUUGAGUGCCGGCGUGGUGAGCGAGGCAGGCGGGGACGGAAAUAAGUAUCUCAGUAACUUUUGCGUCUGGCAGGCCGAGAGCACCAGCAAGGGCAAACAAUGGGACCACGCCCUGCUCCUGACGGGGUUGGACCUGUACUCCGGAGAGCCACAGGCCACCUCCACCACUGGCAUGUCCUUCAUCGGGGGAAUGUGCUCACCCAAGCACUCCUGCUCCAUCGUAGAGGGCACCAAAUUCACCUCGGCCUUCACCAUUGCGCACGAAAUAGGACACAACAUGAACCUGGUACACGACGGAGAGAAGAGAGCGGCGAGUUGCAGCAAGAAGGGUCACAUCAUGGCCACCUCGCUCAACGACGGCGGUCACACGUGGUCCUCCUGCUCCAAGAACCAACUCAGUGACUUCCUCCGCAACCAAGGGACGUGCCUGGCGGAGGAGAGCGGAGGGGCCAUGCUGACCUAUCCCAUCCCAGACGAGGAGCUCCCCGGCAGAAAGUUUGACGCAGACCAGCAGUGUCACUACAUGUUCGGCAAGGGCUGGAGCCACGCCCCCGACCACCACCCCGACGUGUGUCAGGAGAUCUGGUGCUCCAAGGGACUGAGGUUGAGGAGUCCCGGUGUGUCUCCGUUAGAUGGCACCACCUGUGGCCGUAACAAGGUGUGCAUCAGAGGGCGCUGUAAGUCUUUUCGGGCUAAGAAAAAUCAUCAGUACAGAAGCAGCACGAAGAAGCAGCCAGGGGAAGGGAAAGAGAAGAAACUGAUGAAGAAAAUGGUUAAGAAAUUAAUGAACAAGGUAAAGAAAAAGACUCGCCCACGUCACGAGAAGAAGAAAGAUGAAGUGUUAGAGGAGGUGGAUGACCGGAAUGAUGAAGGGCGAGAAUAUAAAACAGGAAACUCAAGGAAGGGUGAAAAUGACGAUGACGCGAGUGAGGAAAACACUGAAAAGCAGAUUCGACCUUCAAGUAAAUACGUCAAGUUGUUGGAGAAGAUGAUGAAGGAAGCGAAGAAAUCAAUAAAGAGAAUCAAAGUUAUAAAGGAUAAAAACAGCACAAAGAGUGAUGGGAAAGCAAAAGAGGAUGAAAUCUUGGAAAUAUCUAAUAAUAAAACUCGAGAAACAGACGUAAAUGACAGAGAAGAUUUAAGGCACGACAAAGAUGAGAAGAAACAAGAGAAAAACCAGAAACUUAAACGGAUCAUCAAACAACAAGUGAAAAAGCGUUUAAACUUCAUAAAUGGACGAGGGAGAGGAAAAGAUCUUUCUAAAAUCAGAAAGAUCGAGUCACCGACCCAGAUUGUUAUCAAAGAGAGACUGAACUAUGUCAAAGAUAAAGGAUGGAAAGUGAACGUUCUGAAAAUAAAGAAAACGAAGAAGAUGGCCAACAGAAGAGUCAGGGUGAAAGAUUACACAAUAACGUGCAACGGAGCUCAGUCACAAUGUAAAAUAACAACUAAGCGAGCACGAAAAAGUAAUAGAAUGAGACAACCACCACCAAAUAAAGGAAAUAAACGUCUGCCUCUAAAUGCAUCAAAGAAAACGAACGCCGGGCUUGGGAAAGAACGCCAGACCAUUUCAGUCCUGACAAGGAAAGCUGCACUGGCGAGGAGCAGUGUCGGCCACGAAGAGUUCAAUAUGUCAAUGGAAAGGGAUGGCUGGUCAAGGUAUCUCACCACUGCCUCAGAUUGCAUCAAAUGAAAAAGGAAGAAGCGACGUAAUGCAUUUAGUCAAACAUAACCAAUCUUCCACGAAGGAAAACAACUUAUAUAUUAAAGUGGUUACAGUGAGGGUGGAGAUGAGUAAACAAUACAUAAAAAAUGACAAGAAAGGGAUAUGCUGCUGAAAACUAAUAUUUGAGCAAAGAAAUGACACACUAAAAUUUAUCUGUUAUCAGUGGAAAAUCAUUUUAAUUCAAAUACCUCAUAAAUAAAUAAACAAAUAGAUAAACCUGACAACAAAAUACGUUUGCAAACAAAAUAAUCUGUUUACGGCUGAAAUCCUAGGCUUAUCAAGAAAUUUGUAAAAUGGAACCCUCAAACCGCGUCAUCUUUCAUUCUACCUCUGUACUUCCUUUCACCCAAACUUUGUUCUGUUCCCUUCCUUCCCUCCCUACUAACUAAUACAUUCUUCCUUCAUUCAAAAUGUCUAACUGUACAGCGUUUCCCAAUCUGGGUGCUAGCACCCUCAGGCGGUGAUGAAAUCAAUUAUAGGGGGUGCUGAGAAGUGAUGCACACACACUUCACUCUCUUUUAUCCUUCUAAUGACAAGAUAUUAGUUAGGGAUGCUGGACUGCUUAGGCAUGACAACAGGGGAUGCUAUGGUCGGAAAAGGUUGGGAAACGCUGGUCUAACACAACCCACGUCACGCUGCGCCAUGUCUUCAAAAAGUCGAACCAUUCUCUCUCGUCUCCUGACCAACCACCAACCCAAUCAAGGAAUAUACAAUCCUUGGUCUGCACUCAUCAGGUUCAGCCAAGAAGGUACCGCGCUGUCUGAUUGUCCUAUGCUGGCCCUCCCUGUCGACCCCAAAAAUGAAUUA